CGAACUGUCCGGCAGUCCGAAAGAGAAAACGAUGGGAGAAAGAGCUGGAGCAGCGCCGGCCGAGGUCCCCUUUUAAAGGGGGGCAUCUGGGGAAGGCGGCUGAGCUUCGUCUGCCUUCUGUUUGUUUUGGAUUUGCUUGUCACCAGGCUUGCUUGCUUGCUUGAAAGUUUCAAAGGUUAUUGAAAAUUCCAGUGGCCUCUCUCUAGGGGGCAGGGACAAGCGUGCUGUCCUAGAAGCUGUAAAAACUGAAAACUCCAGGGACGUUUUGAGGGGCAGCGCCACUGCCGCUUCACACCGUGCCACGCAAGCUUGGAUGAGUGUUGCGGUUUGUUUGCCUGCCUAAUCAGACACAGCCUGAAUGCCACAGCUUCCUGCGUGACCGUAGCCCCCUUGACUCCCACAUGAACACCCUCCCCCUCACCAGCUCAAGAUGGCUGCUUCCUGAGAAGAAGAAGAAGAAGAAGAAGAAGAAGAAGAAUAAGAAGAAGUCUGGAAAAAGUUAAGUAAGGUAGGCGGGGAAGUCAGGCUUUUGACAGGCCGGGAAAGUGAAACACGCCUGGUCGACUGGCUUCUCGGGAGUCAUGGGGAACGUGUGCGGCUGCGUCCGGAGUACAAAGGAGGAAUAUUACAAGGACCCUGCCAAAGCCCCUAUAAGUCACGGCAAAUAUUCCAGAAGCAGAAGAUAUUUCCGCCGGAGGAAAAAAAGGGUGCCAGUAGCCACUUCUGUGGGAGACCAGCGCUUGGAAACGGCAGGGGAGGAUGGUCAGUGGGACGGAGAAGACGAAGAAGCGGAUGGUGAGAAAAAGCCAGACUCGAAUGAACGGGACAGGGAAAUUCGGGCUGAUCUGGUGGAAGAUGCAGCAGGUGGCACUGAUGAGGAUGUCACAGAGUGGGGAGAUAAAGGGGUCAAUGCUUUUACACAGGGGGAAGAACUGGCCAACCUGAACAUAGCAGAGGAGGAAGAAUUGCGAAACACCAAAACGUUUGGGCUACGGAGCACGAUGGCGGCCAACUUGGACGACACCUUGGAGGGUUCCUCCUCACCUCAGAAUGAAUGUAACAGGGAGAAGACUGCCUCUCUCAUGGGCACUGAGCCGAGCCGGGUGCUCAAAGUGGAGCUUGGCAAGGAGACACCUCACAGCUGCUGCAGUGUUCCCGCUUCCGGUGGUGCACUAUGUCAAAAAUGUCAUAAUGAGGCGCAUCGUCCUGCAUGCUCAUCUUCUCUAGAAGACCAGAUUUCUGACAUUCACGUUACUGGAGAGUCGGAGGACAUGACGGCCAAGGAGCGUCUGCUGUUGUGGUCUCAGCAAUCCACCGAUGGUUAUGUGGGAGUUCGCUGUGAAAACUUCACUACCUGCUGGAGGGAUGGGAGGCUGUUUAACGCUAUUAUUCAUAAAUACAGGCCGGACCUGAUUGACAUGAACAUGGUUGCAAGUCAGUGCAGCCGAAUUAAUUUGGAACAAGCCUUCAAUGUCGCUGAACAGCUUGGAGUGGCCAGGCUCCUGGAUCCCGAAGAUGUCGAUGUGCAAUCACCUGAUGAGAAAUCAGUCAUAACGUAUGUGUCCACGCUAUAUGAUGUCUUUCCCAAAGUUCUCGAAGGCUCAGAAGGCAUUAACGCCAACGACGUCGAUAUCAAGUGGGUGGAAUACCAAAACAUGGUCAAUUACCUCAGCCAGUGGAUCAAACACCACGUGACCGUCAUGUCUGACAGAACAUAUCCUAACAGUCCUGUAGAACUUAAAGCACUUUACAAUCAGUACCUGAAGUUUAAAGAAUCGGAAAUCCCAUUGAAAGAGAAUGAAAAAGCAAGAAUUAAACAUCUCUACCGACUACUAGAGCCCUGGAUUGAAUUUGGUCGGAUUAAGCUGCCACAAGGAUACCAUCCCAAUGAUGUGGAGAAGGAGUGGGGAAAACUCAUAAUUGCAAUGCUGGAGAGAGAAAAGAGUUUACGACCUGAAGUGGAAAGGCUAGAAAUGUUACAACAAAUUGCAAACAGGGUGCAGCGGGACUGCGUCGCUGGAGAAGACAAGUUGAUUUUGGCCAGGAAUGCACUGCAGUCAGAUGCCAAGAGACUGGAAUCAGGAAUCCAGUUCCAGAAUGAAGCUGAGAUCGCCGGCUACUUGCUGGAGUGUGAGACUCUUCUGAGGCAGCAGGUCGUUGACAUUCAGAUUUUACUGGAUGGAAAAUUUUACUUAGCAGAUCAGCUGGUUCAGAGGGUUUCCAAAAUUCGAGACGACCUCUUCACCCUUAAAUCAGAAUGUUCCUCGGUGUACAGCAAGGGACGCAGUUUAACCACUGAGCAAACCAAACGGAUGAUAUCGGGAAUCACACAAAGCUUGAACUCCGGUUUCUCCCAGAGUUUGAGCCCCAGCUUGCCUUCCAGUUUAUCAUCCAGCUUAACGCCCAGUCUUAUGCCGGGUCUUUCCCCCGGACUCACAUCCAGUUACACGUCGAGCCUGACGCCCUCCCAGACCCCCUCCCUCACACCAGGAAUAACCCCAGGCCUUCAGUCCCCGAUGGUUCCAAGCUACCUGGGAGGAAUGGAUUCAGGAUCCCUGCAGACUUUGAAACUGAUGCAGAUCCGGAAACCUUUGUUGAAGUCGUCGCUCGCGGACCCCAGCUUAACGGAAGAGGAGGUCAACAUGAAGUUUGUGCAGGACCUUUUAAACUGGGUCGAGGAGAUGCAGCUGCAAUUAGAUCGAGCAGAAUGGGGAUCGGACUUGCAGAGUGUUGAAUCCCAUUUUGAAAACCACAAAAAUGUCCACGGGGCCAUUGAAGAAUUUCAAAUGAGUCUUAAAGAAGCCAAAAUCAGUGAGAUCCAGAUGACACCUCCAUUGAAGCACAGCUACUCUGAGAAGCUGGGACGACUGGAGAGCCAAUAUGGAAAGCUCCUGAACACAUCUAGAAAUCGUCAGAAGCACCUUGAUACCUUACAUGAGUUUGUCUCAAAGGCCACUCGAGAACUAAUUUGGCUAAAUGAGAAAGAAGAGGAAGAGGUGUCUUAUGACUGGAGUGACAGGAGUUCCAAUUUGGCAAAAAAGAAAGACUACCAUGCAGAUCUUAUGAGAAUACUUGACGACAAAGAAAGAGUUAUAAAGUCAGUUCAAGAAAUGGCCGAGCAGCUCCUGCUUGAAAAUCACCCGGCAAGGCUGACUAUUGAGGCAUACCGUGCAGCAAUGCAGACACAGUGGAGCUGGGUUUUGCAGCUUUGUGGUUGUGUCGAGCAGCACCUGAAGGAGAACACACUCUACUUUGAAUUUUUCAGCGAUGCCAGAGAAUCGAUGGACUACUUGAAAAAUCUCCAAGAGACAAUACAAAGGAAGUACAGCUGUGACCGGACAAGCUCCUUGCACAAACUAGAAGACCUGAUCCAGGAAUCAAUGGAUGAAAAGGAGCAGCUCUUGCAGUACAGAAGCACCGUGGCGAGUCUCGUGGGCAGAGCAAAGGCCAUCGUCCAGCUGAAGCUGAGGAGCCCCGACAGUCCGAUCCGAACCUCCAUCCCCGUGAAAGCCAUCUGUGACUAUCGCCAGAUUGAGAUCACGAUAUACAAAGAUGAUGAGUGUGUGCUGGCCAGUAAUUCACAUCGUGCAAAAUGGAAAAUCAUAAGUCCGACUGGAAAUGAAGCCAUGGUGCCUUCAGUCUGCUUCACAAUCCCUCCGCCAAACAAGGAAGCCAUCGAAUAUGCCAGCAGAAUUGAGCAGCUGUAUCAAAACGUACUGGCGCUCUGGCAUCAGUCCCACAUCAACAUGAAGAGCGUCGUCUCGUGGCGUUACCUGAUGAAUGACAUCGAAGCGAUCCGCAACGGCAAAGUGGCCUCGAUAAAAACCAUGUUGCCUGGUGAACACCAGCAGGUCCUCAGCAAUCUUCAAACCCACUUUGAAGACUUUCUUGAUGACACAGAAGAAUCUGAGAUUUUCACGGUUUCUGACCGGAACCAUCUGGAAAGAGAGGUGGAAAUAUGCAAGCAGUACUAUGAGGAGCUUCUGAAGUCUGCCGAAAGAGAAGAACACGAGGAAUCCGUUUACAACCUCUUUAUUUCUGAUAUGCGCAACUUCCGAAUGCGACUGGAGAGCUGUGAGGAGCGAUUGAUCCGUCAGAUCCGAACGCCACUCCAGCGAGAUGACCUUCAGGAGAGUGCACUACGGAUUGCAGAGCAAGAGAAAUCCAAAAAGGAACUGGACAGGCUAAAGGAAGACCUGGAGACCAUGAAAGGGAAAUGCGAGAUGUUUUUAAAUCAAGCAUCUGCUUCCCCAUCUGCCUCGACCCUCUCUUCAGAGCUCAACCUGGUUGUCCAGAACAUGAAUCAGAUCUAUUCCAUGUCAGCCAUUUACCUGGAAAAGCUGAAGACGGUGAACCUGGUGGUGAAGAACAGCCAGGCGGCCGAGGCACUGGUUAAGCUUUAUGAGGCUAAACUGUGCGAGGAAGACGCCGUGAAUGCUGAUGCCAAAGCCAUUGAGUCUGUCAUGGGCACUCUUAAGCAAUGGCGCACUGAAAUUGAUGAGAAAAGAGAAGUGUUUCACGACUUGGAGGACGAACUGCAGAAAGCCAGGACUGUUAGCGAGCGAAUGUUCAAAACACACAAUGAACGCGAUUUUGACUUGGACUGGCACAAAGAAAAGGCAGAUCAGUUGGCAGAGAGGUGGCAGAGUGUUCACUCACAAGUAGAGAGCAGGUUACGGGACUUGGAAGGAAUCAGCAAAUCGCUGAGGUACUACAAAGACACUUAUUUUGCCCUGAAUGACUGGAUAAAAGAAAUGGAGGCCACCCAGUUACGAAUGCAAGAGAACCAACCAGAAGACAGCAAGGCCCUGGCGGAACUUCUGAAUCAACAAAAGGUUCUAGUUUCAGAAAUUGAGGUCAAGCAAAGUAAAAUUGAUGAAUGUCAGAAAUACUCCGAGCAGUAUUCAGCAGCAGUCAAGGACUAUGAACUCCAGCUGAUGACCUACAGAGCCAUGGUGGAUUCUCAACACAAGUCUCCGGUGAAACGGCGCAGGAUGCAGAGCUCGUCAGACAUGAUUAUCCAGGAGUUCAUGGACCUUCGGACUUGUUACACGGCACUGGUGACACUCAUGACUCAGUAUAUCAAGUAUGCUAGUGAAACCUUGAAGAGAACAGAAGAGGAAGAGUAUUCGUCUGAGGAUGGGGAUUUCUACAUGGAGUUGCUUUAUGGGGAAGCAGAGGACGAGUUUUUGUGCACUGGACUCGAAAUGAAGAACACCAUGAGGGCUUUUCUGCCUCCUGACACACUCAACAACGAGAGAGAUGCAGAUCUUGAAACCGCUGAAGAUUACUUUUUGACACAAAGAAAAGAUGAACUUGAGUUUGCUCCCCUGGAGGGAAACUCGGGUGAUGGAGAACAUACAAAAGGUCAAUUUUCAGGGAAUUCGGAAAAAUUGCAGAGGGUUAUGUGUGCAUCACAGAUAAGUGACACAGGCCAACAGAACCUCCAGGAAGUCUAUGCUUCAGAAAACAGUCGAGCAAAAUUGAAUUUUCGAGUGUGUGAUGCACACAGACAGUUAGGCAGAAUGUUUGAAGAUGUAGGUGGCAAGAUCGAUUCUCCCAAAGGUGAGGGUACGUCCCUAACACUUGAAAAGGAGCCAGAUUUUGGUAUGUGGAAGAGUCUGUGCGGUGAUCCUGAGGAGACAUGGAGACGAUUUUCUUUUACAUCACCUAUAGGUAAAGAGAGCAUUAUGGAUCUGGAUGCCAUUUUGCAGAUCAUUGAAGAUGGAGAUGAGCUGAACGCCUAUCAGGAAAUGCUAAUCAGCAGAGAGCAGAUGAAGAGAGACAGAGUCAUUCAGGAAAGGCUACAGAUAGUUUUAGAUAGAAUGGAAGAUUGCUACUUUUCUUCGGAUCUCUGCAGCGAUACAGAAGAGAGAUGGUUCCACCCGAAUUUCAAGAAGGACAGUAUGAUACUAGGUUGUGAACCUUUACCAGGAUUAGAAAUAACGUAUGAUGAAUACCUAAAUGUAGGCUCUUCGUUGUUUGGUUUUCCACUUGAGACCAUCCCCGAAGAAAUUCUAGAGUCAGAAUCCCAGCAGACCUCAUUACAGAGCAGCAAAAAGUCUUUCUGUGUCAAGCAGGUUCCAAAAGCAGAAACGUACAAAGGCAAUGCAAAAAAUACUCCACAUCUUGUAGAGGAAGCUCAGUCGCUGGACCAAGCGACAUCUCUUAAAUCAGUUGAAACCACACCUGGUUACCAUCUUAGAGCCAUUAACAGCGACUCAAUGGCCAGUGGCCUCCAAGAAGAGAAAAUGUUAUGGUGGCCAAAUGGUGCGUUUCUGGAGGAAGACCUGGGUGAGGAGAACGUUGUUACCAUACUGGAUGGCUCGCAAGCAUUUACAGAACAACAAAGUUCCGGAUUCAGCAGCUUCAUAAAAGAUCAUGAAGAGAAAUCUGUAGAGGAGGAGAAGAAAGAACAUGGCGAGAAAGUUAAUAAACUGUUAAACUGGGUAUCACGUGUUAAAAAGGAAGAGAGACCAUUAGAGGAUGGCACAAACGAGCCGUCUUAUAUGCCGCAGGUAUCAAUGGAAGAUGUGGCAAGAAAGAAGGAGCAAAUUUCUGAAGCUUUAAGAGCAACUCAGAUGAUUUUGACCAAACACAGUGACAAAAUGACAGAAGAAGAAAAGCAGGAAACCAAAGAGCAGCUCAAGUCCCUCCAGCAGGCCUACAACGAUUUGUCUCAGCAGCCUCUCGAUCAGCUCCAUCAGCCACAGAGCCUUCCGGCCGAGCAGGAACACCAGGUCAUCCAAGGCAUCCUUGAUCUUGAAACAGGAGCUGUCUUUUCGGUGCCCCUUGCAAUGCAGAAGGGUCUCGUUGACUGUACAACUGGAAUUCUCUUACUUGAAGCUCAGCUGGUGACCACUGGACUUGUCUCCCCUGAAUCCAUGAAGGGUUUAGAUCUGGAGGAGGCGUUUCAGAAUGGUCUGAUUGACCAAAGCACAUAUAGUCAACUGCAGGAGAUUGAUUGCGCUAACAAAAAUCUCCAACGGUAUUCAUCAGAUGCUCUUCCAGUCAUCAGAGCAGUGACAGAAGGAGCAAUCUCUGAGGCGCUAGCUUUCAGAAUAAUAAAUAUACAUUUGGCAAGUGGCGGAUUAAAGGUCAGUCGUACCGGGGAGAUGUUGAGUUUACAGACUGCACUCCAAAACGAUCUCAUUCCUGAGUCCCUGUUUGUCCGGAUACUAGAAACCGAAGGCAGUGGAAAACAUCUUGUUGAUCCGAAUACAGCGGAAAAGCUUAGUCUAGCUCAGACGGUACAAAGAAGCAGAUUACAUGGACUCUUGGGAUUAAGAGUGUUGGAUGUGAAGAAACGAAAGGAUGGCAGGAUUUCUUUGCAGUCUGGUGGUGACCUCAGCAUUUUUCAGGCGAUACUUGAAGGACGUAUUGAUCAGGAAACUGCAGUCAGAUUAUUAGGAGCUCAGCUGUUUGCCGGGGGUAUUAUUGACCCUGAAAGCAGCCACAAACUGAACGUGGAAGAGGCCAUUCACAAGGGCUUGAUCGAUGAAGACAUGUCUUGCGCGAUAUUGAGCUAUCAAGUACAAAACGGUGGGAUCGUCGACCCUCAUGGUGGUAAGAGACUUACUUUGGAUGAAGCAGUGCAGUGCAAUUUGAUGUCAUCAAGAAGUGCUCUCUUAGUCCUGGAGAGACAAGGGAGUCUUAAAGGUCUGAUAUGUCCAAAUUCUGGAGAAACCUUUACAGUUUCUUCCUAUUUUGAGUAUAAAGAAGCUACCACCGAACUCGACUGUAAGUUGCCUGAAAACCGUCACCAAAUCACAGCACUUUACAUUCCCGACACAUCCAAAGUGCUCAACUUUGAAAAUGCAGAAGCACAAGGAAUGCUGCAACGUACCUCCACAUUGCUCCUAAAAUCAACAGCACUUCCGGACUCUAUACCUAACCCAGAAGAGAUGAAUGAAAAUGCUGCAAAAUGGACAUUGUUUUGUAAUUCUUGCGUAGAUGGGCAUGAUUUAUCGGAAUCUCAGCUGCCUCAUUUGGCUCCAGUGUCAGCUUCAGAAGCAAAACGGUGGUUCAUAUCCUAUCUGAUGAUUAACAGUUAUGUAGAUCCCAAAUCUGGGCAAAGAGUUUUAAUAUAUGAACGAGAGUUGGAUAAAAUGACUUCUUUUUAUACAGAAAAAAUUUUGUUACCUGAUCACGAUAACUUUCAAAUUAUUUUGUCAGCUGUCCCGCAAGAACCUGGAAAAGAAAUAUCCACACUUCUUCAUCAGUGCUUCAACACGGAAGUGGAAAACAUUUCAGUUAGACAAAGUUUAGAAACAACAUUUAACAACGAUAUUGGCAGUAAACAGUUUAUGGAUGCAAAUGCAUUUGAUGGCAAGGAAGUUGUGGAAUCAGUUGAUACUCAGGGGUUUCUGGGCCAGGUUCAAGAGCAGCAUGAUAAAGUAAAAUCUGAAACUACUCCAGAUAGUGAAGUUGUUGCAAAUAUUGAUUCUCAAGAUUUUAUGCAUUUGAGCAGUAGCAUGGUUGGGUCCCACAUGAACGUGCAAAAUGACUUCCUCUUAUUAGAUGAACCGAUGGACACAACACCUACAAACCAUCACCAAAACCUUAAUAUUCAAGAAGAUCCUCAUCAUGAUCUUGUCACUGAACCUGUCAUGGAUCAUAACCACAUUUUUGAAACCAACCUAAGUGACAGUAAAACUGAUUAUAGAAUGCAUCAAAACAAAAUUGCCCAAAUACUCACUGAAGGUUGUACACUUCCGCAGAUGGCCGUGGUGGAAAAAGAGGAAGCUUUAUUUGCAAGUGAGCCUAAUAAAAUCUGUAACAGUUGUGAAUUAGAUUGGACUUCUCUUAGAAACAUGAACUCUCCGCAUGAUAUAAGUGAGAGUCAUUCAUGUAACCCAAUUACACCAGAUAUGUCAAGAAGCCAUAAUGGGGAAGUGGACAAAUUGACAUCAGAACUGUCACUUGGUAGACAUACUGACAAACAGGAACAUUUCUUGAAAGAGCAAUCUCUUCACACAGAAGCAAUGACCAUAAAAUGUUUAGAAUUUGAUAAGUAUUCUGUACAAUCUCUGGAAAAUCAACCUGGUCCUUUAGAUGAAUGUACUGAUGAAGAACUCAAGCUUGAACCUUAUAUCAAGAAGAGUUCUUUUGGUGAACAGAUGAUAAUUGAAGAGUUAUCUGCCGAGACUAGGGAAGGGGAAGUUAUUAAAGACAGAAGUAGAGAAAUGUUAACACUUGGGGACUGUACACAACACAAACAUGUAGUUGUGGAUACUUCAGAUGAACUGAAUGACCAUCAAGAUUUAACCGCAACAGACAACGUGAAAAGUAAUGUUAAGUUGCUUAGUUCAGAUGAUGAUUGCAUGGUGGAGAAGAUCAGUGUUUCAGAAAGCAAAAGGAAUUCAGAUGCCAUUGAGGUUCAUGCAGCACCAGAGGAAGCAACAGUGAAGUUACAGCUGGAGGAGGUCUCUGCUAUGAAGUAUGCUCUCCUGGAAAGUGAAGAAGAAAUGUUAGGGGAUGUGCAGGGCAAAUCUUGGCUUAAGGAAGAAGAAAAGGCUGAAUUGUGUUUAGAACCUGAAAAGUUACUCUGUGUCAUGGAAGCAGAUCAUAGAGUAGAGAUGCCUACAUUGGUACAGGUCAGGGCUUCCCAUGACUUCCAACACCAACUCAUCUCAGCUUCAAUAGAAAGUAGUGUAGGUGUGUUAAGAGACACAGACAGAGCCAUUCCACAUGAGCGGUCAGAUGGUGGAGAGAUGUUUGACGGUACCAGAGAGGAACAUUGGGGUAACUGUGAAUUGUCUAUAGAAGAACAAUUCAUUGAGGGUAUGUCGGCAUCAGACAUGACACUUUCCCAGGACUGUGGUCUUCCACGGACUACGGUAACAAUCAGUGAUCAGCCAUGUAAAUCAACUAUCACCGAUAAACAAAUCUUUCCAAAUUUUGAUAUAACUUACUCUGUUAAUAAAACCAGACAGACAUGCAAGCGGGCACAGACUGAGGAACACUGUGACCCUAAAAUUUCACAAGCAAUCAGGAAGAGCCACAAAUUUGACCAAGACUCAGUGUCAUCACUCGGGUUAUUGUCUGAAAUGACCAGGUCUUCUAAUUCAGAACCUACAGAUAUAGUUAGUAAUGAAGGACAGCUAUCUUUAUUGACUAAAAGAAAUAAAAUGGGUAUAGAAAAUCUUCCUGGUGACCCUAGCAAAAAUGGAGAUGAUCAUUAUUUAGAAGAGGACAGCUCCACCAACGUUUUGUCAUCAUUUGUCAACAGUGAUGAAGAGGAGCCCACUAGCGAUCCAGCAGGCACUUUAUUUCUCAAAUCUAGUGAAGUAUACCGGUUUGGCCUGGAAGAUAAAUACUCCAAGGCUGUGGAGUGUCAUGAUAGCAUUCCUGGUGUGCUCCAUCCUUUAACGGAAAUGAAGAUAAAUGCUAGGAACAAUUACAACAAUCUAGAGCUUUCUGAAAAUGGAAAGUCAGAACAUCUCAAAGCCUUCAAUAAUUCAGAAAUUGAAACUGAAACCGAAUAUGAGAAUUUGGAACAGAUAAGUGGGAUUGGUGAAAGUAGUGGCAACUACCCUUAUGUCCCAAACCUUGAACCUGAGAAGACAAGUGACGAUCAAGAAAGUGAUACAUUAGAUGAUAGCAUUGAGGAGAGUCAAAAUGCAUCCCCACAAGCUGUAAUACUAAGUGGUGGUGCAGAUGUGGAAACCAAUGAGCUCUUCCAAGCUAAUAGACCUCAGGAGGAACCUCCGGAAAUGUCUGACCUCUACCACACCCUGAGAUCCAAUUGGCAGGACCUGAUGAAAGUGAAAGUUACGGACACUACGGUGGAAGUUUUGCAAAAAGCCGAGUCAAAGGUCAUUGAAGGCAUGAUCAAAAUUAUAAAUAAUGCGAUACAGUCGAGCGGUGGUUUGGAGGACGCAAGCGAUUCGAGUGACGAUGAGGACAGGGAUGAUGCUCUCACGUGCAUUGAUAGCAGAAGUCCAGAUAUCCUAAUUGACUUGUUAAAACAAAGCGGUGCCAGUACAAUGGCUGACACAAUACCCGAAAUGAAGAAAGGCGAAUUGUUUAAGGAAAGCCCACACCGUGUCCCAAAAUCUGUGACUCCAGCAGAACUCCUUCAGGAGCAGUUACAGCGUCUUUUCCACAUUUCACCUCGUGGCACAGAUCCGGAUCUGAAUGCUCAGCUUAAUGAGAUCUUAGUAGGUUUCAUGCAGAGAGAAGGACCUCCUGCAGUUGAAGGUGUUAAGAGCGGGCAAAUGGCUGAAGCUACUGAUCGUGGCACACGGCUCUGCCCUUUGAUUAAGGCCGAUGCGGAACUGAAGGAGAGGGAAAAACAUGAAGAAGGGUCUGAAAGUUCAGAAGAAAUUUUGAAAGGGAAGAAGAAUGGGAAUGGCAAACCAUUAAGUUGUACACAGCAUUAUCUGGAGUGUAUUGGGAGACUUCAGGAUCAUUCGGAUGUAUUAGAAGAUUUAAAAGAGGAUCUCAAUAGCCAAGAACUCAUAGGUCACACUUUGGAAAUUCUGACAGAACAACUCGACAGUUCAGAGUCUCUAGAGUCACAGCUUUCUGCUCUGUCCGGCACGCUAGCUGCAGAUCUGAAGACAGCCGAAUGCUUGUUAGAGUCCACUGGGGAGCACGUGCCCACACAAAUUCGCAGAGAUCUGGAAGCAGUCUGCAAAGAUUUGCAGCUUGCUUUUGCUGAUAUUUGCAAAAUGGCUGCAGAAAGGAGAACUUGUAUUAAAGAGGCCACGGCCUUGGAAAAGUCAAAAAUAAAGGCUUUGAAGCAGGACCUCCUCGACCGACUUCAGAGAUUGGCAGACUUCAUUCAGGAUAACACAAAGACGAUCACAAGCCUGGAUAUCAUGAAUACAGAUGAUCUGGAAACAGUGAAGUACCGAAUUCAGCAUAACAAGGAUCUGGAAAAAGCUUUAUCUGCCAAGGGGCAUGAGCUGGACACGACAGCAUUUGAUGUUCAGUACUUCAUCUCGGAGUACGCUCAAGAUCUACUGCCCUCCGAUAGCAGGGAUCUUCUGAGGACUCUCAGUACCACCCAGAGGUCAUUUAAGGAGAUUAUGGAAAUGGUCUCCACACAGCGCGACACGCUGAUGCUUCAUCUCGAAAUAAGACGAGAUCUGAGUAACCAGAAGACUCUUGCAGAAAAGCAGAAGGAAUAUACCGAGAAACUGGAGGAGAUGUGCCAUCUGUUAACACAGACAGAAAACCGCAUCAUUGGGCACCAGCAGACCACGCUAAAUAAAGACAGUCUUGGUGAUCUGCAGCAGUACCAGACGGAGCAUCAGGCUUUGCAGAGGGAUGUCCAGGCAGGCCAAAGUGCCUUAGCGGAAAUUGUGAAGAGCUCAAAUAAGUUUCUAGAAGAGAAUCAAGGCAAACUGCACCCUGAUCAAGUCGCACUCAUUGAAAGCAGAGUGGAUGAAGCCAAGAGAAAAUCCAAACUGCUAAGUCAGCGAGCUGAGGAAUCAAGGAAAGAGCUGGACAAGGCUUUGACAACAGCCAUCAAACAAGAAACGGCAAAGGUGGCUGCAGAGGAGCAACUGGAAGACAGCAAGAAUAAAAUUAAAGGACUCCUGGGCUGGCUGUCAAAUAUUGGAAAAGAUCAAGGGGUGGAUGAAAACCUUCAAGAACAGAUGGUGAAACAGAAUGGGAACCUACCUCUGGAAAACAGAAGCAAGUUGAAUGGACAAGAAGACGAUGCAAAUGGAAACCUACCUCAGCUCAAUGGCCAGACAUGCACAGUUACUGACGGAAAGAGGACAGGCAAGGAUGACCUGGACCUAAGCAAGCAGCACGAUCGAGUAAAGGCUCAUCAUCGUGAGAUCUUAUCGCAGCAGCAGGCCUUCAUCAUUGCCACUCAGUCGGCUCAGGCGCUCCUCGAGAAGCAGGGCCACAUGCUUUCCCCAGGGGAGAAGGAGAAACUUCAGAGUAACAUCCAGGAGCUACGGGACCGCUACGAGACAACGCUGACUGAGGCAGAACUCAAAAUGAAGCUGAUUCAGACCGUCCAGGACGAGCUGCAAAAGUUUAGGACUGACUGCGGUGAAUUUGAAAACUGGUUACAGCAAUCGGAAACUGAGAUCGCCGAACUGAAAUCUGGCGUCUCUGACCAGGACCACCUUAACAGCAAACUGCAACGGCAAAAAAGUUUUUCCGAUGAUGUUAUCUCCCACAAAGGGGACCUGCGUUUCAUUACAAUAUCCGGCCAGAGGGUGCUGGAUGCUGCUAAAAUGUGCAAUAAAUCUGAUACCAGCAAGGACUCUGAGCUCUCUGUGGACACCUCAGGGGUCUCCACACUGGUGCAGGACAAACUGGAGUCGGCUGCAAAUCAUUACAAGUCCCUUCAUUCGCAGUGCUACCUGCUAGGCAACAACCUUAAAGACGUGGUCGAGAAGUACAAGCACUAUGGAGACGCCUCGUCUGGGAUCGUGACUUGGUUGGAAGACGCAGAAGAAACUGCCAGGAAGCAGCUGGCCGAGGUGAUCGCCGUGGAUCCACAGGAUCUCCAAAAGCAGCUGGAAGACACCAAGGUGCUUCAUGGCCAGGUGUCUGGGCGUCAAGGCGCCAUAGAGAAGUUGCGGAAGGCAGCAGAUGCUGUGAUUGCUACGGAAGGCAACCUGUUGACCAACUGUGAUGAAAUCCAGCGAUCAGUGGGUGAUGUUGUCGAGAGGUAUGACAAUCUUGCCAAAUCAGUGAGUGAUCGAAACGAGACUCUGCAGAUUACGUUGACUCGCUCUUUGAGUGUGCAGGAUGGUUUGGAUGAAAUGCUGGACUGGAUGAAAAAUGUGGAGAAGAGUCUGGAAGAGCAGGAGCAAGUGCCUUUACAUUCCACAGCAAUCCAGGAAGCUCUGAGCAAAGAGGCUAUGUUGGAGCAGGACAUUGUCAGCCGGCAGAGCAGCAUCGCUGCCAUGAAGGAGAAGGUCAGCAAGUUCAUCGAGACCGCCGACCCAUCCACUGCCUCUUCUCUGCAAGCCAAGAUGAACACUCUGUCGAAACGGUUCACCGACGCCAGCCAGAAACACAGGGAGAAGGUCCACAAGCUGGAAGAACUGAAGGACAAAGUGGACAUGUUUGAAAAGACGGCCGAGAAAGUGCAGCAGUUUGUUGCCAAAGGGUCGCGGACGUUGACAGAAACGGAUGGACCAGGAAAGAACGUGAAUGAGCUCUCCCAGCUGAUGCAGGAGACAAAUGCUGAGCUGACAGACCAAGCGAAAGACAUCGAGGUCCUCCAGAAACUGAGUGCCGAGCUGGCCGACCUCGACCCGGAUGGAAGCCACAGUCAUAUUCAGAAAACCAUUGAAACACUCUCCAGGAACUUUAAAGACUUUGAAGACACUGUUAAGGAAAAAGAAGAGGAAGUUUCUUCCUGUCAAGGACAGCUUCAAGCAUUUAAGAACACCGUGGAGUCUCUCCAAAGAUGGCUGGACGAGUCAACAGAGAAGCUUGCGAUGGUGCAGCCUUCCUGCAGUGUGGAGGAGCAUGAGAAAAGUCUGCAGACUGUCAAGGCCUUAUCAGAAGAAUGGACUGCAAAGGCUCCAGCUGUUGAAGACGUUAAUAGAAAAGGGUCAGAAGUAUGUAACCUGAUAAGCGUUUUGACCUCCCCGGCUAAAACGAAAUCUUCUGUAAAAGCAGGCAAAGCUGUAGUGAAUGGUUCUGGACCACAUGGCUAUCUGACAAACAAGGAGCUAAUGUUAGUUCAGCAGCACCUGACAUACGUCAAUCAGAGCUACGAUAAUCUGGGGGAGCAUCUGAAAGAGAAACGUGGCGAGCUUGAGGGGGCUCUCCAAGAUCUGUCAGUGGUGCACAAUGAAGGAGAUUCACUGAAGCAAUGGCUGACUGACAUGCAGAAAGAAGUCACAUCAUGGAACACCGGGCAGGCGGGGAAUGAAUCUGUGAAGACGCAGAUGGAGCAACACAAGUCUCUCGAAGUGGAGCUAAAGGUAAAGCAAGGCCAACUUCAGCAGCUGAAGGAAAAGCUCUCUGACCUGCUGGAGAAGCACCCGCAAUCCUCAGAAGCAGAAAAAUGGAAGCAGAUGCUGGAUCAGAUAGAUUCCACAUGGAAGGACGUCACCAGCUCCAUGGAGGAAAGGAAGGAGAAGCUGGAGGAGUCGAGCCGGAAUCUGGCCCAGUUCCAGACCAACGAGGAGCAGCUAAAGCAGUGGCUCGCUGAAAAGGAAUUGAUGCUUGGCGUGCUUGGCCCUCUUUCCAUCGAUCCCAACAUGCUGAAGGCCCAGAAGCAGCAGGUGCAGAUUCUCCUGAAGGAAUUCGACUCUCGAAAGUCUCAGUACGAACAACUAAAGGAAGCCGCACAGAGUAUUUUGAGCCAACCAGGAGACCUUUCGCCAUCUUGUACCGCAGUCAAGUCUCAGUUGGCUGCCAUCACGGAUAAAUGGGAGGGUGUGACAGGCCAGCUGACCGACAGAUCCGACCGAAUUGACGAGGCCAUCGUCAAAACCUCUCAGUUCCAGGAGGUUCUCCGAAACCUAAGCGAGCAAGUCAACGCCCUGGGCCAGAGUUUGGGUGGCCCGUCAUCUCUGAGCACCCAGCCUGAUGCUGUGAAGCAACAACUUGAAACGGCGAUGGACGUCCGCAGCAAGCUGGACCAAGAAAAGACGAGGGUGGCUGAGGCCGAGGCUCUGUGUAAAGAGCUGUCGGCGCUGGUUGGCGAGGAAUAUUUAAAAGCGGAUCUCAGCAGACAGCUGGAAAGCAUCUUAAAACCUUUUAAAGACCUUGAAGAGAAAGCAGGUAACAGAAUAGAGCAGCUGAAUUUAGCCUUUGCCAGCUCUCAGCAGUUCAAUCAGAUGUCCAGAAAUUUCCAUGAAUGGUUGGAUGGGAAAGUACAAGAUCUUUCCAAGGUUCCUCCUUUAUCUGCCAACAUGGAGGUUCUGCACCGGCGCAUUAAAGAACACGCGACUUAUCAGACGUCCUUGGAGGAGCAAAGUGGGCCAUACAAAAAGAUUGUCCAAGAAGGAGAGGCUCUGCUUCAGACAACCCAAGGGGCCGAGAGGACAGCUCUGCAGAAUCAACUGGCCACUCUUCAAGGCAAGUGGGACACCUUACGGAAACAGUCAGCGGACUACUCGGAGAGGGCACAGGUCUGCCUGAAGCAGGCCCAGAAAUACAAAGAGCAUCUGGAAAAAGUGCAGCCAUGGAUCGAGGACUGCGAGAAGCAGUUAACUCAGGUGACGGUCUCAGUGGACCCCGCAGAAGUGGACUGUUCGAUCUCACGGGCCAGAACGUUACAGAAGGACGUCGACAAACAUCGAGGAGUGGUCGAGCUUUUCCACAAUGCGGCUGACAGUUUACUUGAGGUGACACAAGCCGACCAUGAGCCCGUCAAAGAGGAGAAGGCCAAUGUCACCCAGAAGGUUGAGAACAUUUCCGAAAUCCUGCAGCAGAAGAGGGACACCUUAGACAAAAUAGCACAGCGGCUGAAGGAAUUCAACGAUACCCAUAAAGAGGUCCGUGAACAUCUGAAGGGUGCCAGGCAGCAGCUUACGGUCCACGAGUCACUGGGAGCCCAGGUGUACAGCAACAAGCACCUCACUAAUAUGAAAGCCCAGCAGAAAGCUCUGGAGACCCUUGGAACACAAGUAGGCAGCCUCAAAGGCCUGGCCCAGGGUUUGGUGGUGGACGCUUCGGAUGCGGCAGGAGUCUCAGACCUGCUAUUGAAGGUGGAAUCUCUAGACACAGAGUUUAAGUCUGUAAAACAGCAGGUGGAAGACGUUUCCUCAUUCCUGGAGACGAAGCUCCAAGGAAUCGGGCAGUUCCAGAAUAGCAUUAGGGAAAUGUUCUCGCAGUUCUCCGACUUGGACGAUGAGCUGGACAGCAUGCAGCCGGUUGGCCGAGACUUGGACGUUUUACGGCUCCAGAAGGAAGACAUGAGAAAUUUUAUUAAAAAACUCCAAGAGCUCAUUGACAACACGGCAACUGCCAACAAAAACUGCCAACAGAUGCUCGAGAAAGAAGGAUCUCCUGAUCUUCCUGGCUUAAAGCGCGACCUCGAGGCUCUGAACAAGCAAUGUGGGAAACUGAUGGACCGGGCCAAAGGGAGACAGGAUCAAGUAGAAGCCAUCUACUCUCGCGUUGAUGAGUUCUACCAGAAACUGAAGGAGCUCUCCGAGAAAUGCAUCGUGGUUGAGGAACAUGAGGAAUCUCAAGGAGCAGUGCGGAUGGAGAUUGAAAUUGUCAACCAGCAGUUGGACGCCUUCAAGGUAUUCCAGAAAGAAGAAAUUGAGCCCUUGCAAGGCAAGCUGCAGGAUGUCAACUGGAUUGGUCAAGGCCUCAUUCAGAGUGCGGCCAAAACGACCAACACACAGAAACUGGAGCAGGACCUGGAAGACAUCAACAUGCGGUGUAACACACUUAACAAAAAGGUCGCAGAACGAGCCGCCCUCCUGCAUGAAGCCCUGCUGCACUGUGGCCGAUUCCAGGAUGCCUUGGAGUCACUCCUCAGUUGGCUGACAGACACUGAAGAACUGGUCGCCAACCAAAAGCCACCUUCUGCUGAGUUCAAAGUGGUGAAGGCGCAGAUUCAGGAACAGAAACUCCUUCAGCGGCUACUGGAAGACCGUAAACCGACUGUGGACAUAAUCAAAAGAGAAGGAGAGAAAAUAUCUGCCUCUGUGGAGUCACCGGAUAAGGAGAAGACACUCAAGGAGUUGGUGACCCUCGGUCAACGAUGGGAAUCCCUGCUCGGGAAAGCAGAAACGAGGCACAGGCAGCUGGAGUGCAUUCUCGUGGUGGCCCAACAGUUCCACGAAACCCUGGAGCCUCUGACCGAGUGGUUGACAUCCAUGGAAAAGCGUCUCGCAAACACAGAGCCCAUUGGCACCCAGACCAAGAAAUUAGAAGAGCAAAUCUCUCAGCACAAGGCGUUAGAAGACGACAUAAUGGCUCAUAGCAAAAACUUGCACCAGGCCAUUAGCGUUGGUCAGACUCUAAAAACUCUGAGCUCUCCGGACGACAAGGACUCGGUUCAAAGCAAAGUAGACUCAGCCCAGAGUCAGUUUGGCGAGCUCCAGGAGACGAGCGGCAGGAAGGCGGCCAUGCUGCAGCAGGCCUUCUCCAACGCUCAGCACUUUGGGGAAGACGAAGUCGCGCUCAUGAACUGGUUAAGCGAAGUUCACGAAAAGCUGAGCAACGUGGCCGUCCACGAUUAUCACCCCGACCUCCUCCAGAAGCAGGAUGCGGAACAACGGGGGCUGCACGUGGACAUCAUACAAAAGAAACAGAAUGUGGACUUGGCGAUUCAGAACGGCCUGGAGCUCCUGAAACAAACAACAGGCGACGAAGUUCUUAUCAUCCAAGAAAAACUUGAUGGAAUCAAAGCCAGAUAUGCCGAGAUCAAUACGAUGAGUGGAAACGUUUCGAAACUGCUGAACCAGGCCUUGACGCUUUCCACAAGGCUGUUCCAGACGCACGAGGAGUUGUGCCAGUGGCUGGGUGGUGUCGAAGCCGAGGUCGUUACCUUUGAGGCUCAGGUCCCUGUUGGAGAACAGCUCAGCCAGGUCCAGGAGAGGCAAAAAGACCUUUUGAAGGAUGUGAAGGAUCACAAAGCAUUAGUGAGCAGCCUGAAUGAAGUGAGCAGCAGCCUGCUGGAACUCGUACCAUGGAGGGCCCGGGAAGGUCUGGACAAGUUGGUUUCAGAGGACAACGAGCGAUACAAGCUUGUGAGCGAUGCUCUGGUGCACCAUGUUGAAGAAAUCGAUGCCACCAUCCUUCGGUCUCAGCAGUUUGAGCAGGCAGCUGACGUGGAGUUUGCCUGGCUGUCAGAUAUGGAGACAAAGCUGCUGUCUCAGGGUGACAUCCGACUAGAGCAAGACCAGACCACCUCCCAGCUCCAGGCACAGAAGGCGUUCUCAAUGGACAUUUUGAGGCAUAAGGACAACAUUGAUGAGAUUCUGAAGAAAGGGGAGGCCAUGUUGGACAACAGUGAUGAGGAAGAGAAAGCAUCUUUAAAGGAGAAAAUCCGACAGCUCCUGGAGAAGUACGAUGUGGUCAGCCAUAUCAAUUCGGAGAGGUGUCUCCAGUUAGAACGUGCCCACUCACUGGCCAGCCAGUUCUGGGAGACCUAUGACGAGCUGUGGCCCUGGCUACAGGAUAUCAUCAGCGUCAUUUCUCAGCUGCCAGCCCCUGCCAUUGAGUAUGAAACUCUGAAGCAACAGCAAGAAGAACUGAGGCAAAUGCGGGAGUUGAUAGCAGAGCACAAGCCUCACAUCGACAAAAUGAACAAGACUGGACCUCAGCUGCUUCAGCUCAGUCCCACCGAAGGCCUCUCUAUCCAAGAGAAGUACACAGCCUCCGAUCAGCUGUAUGCCCAAAUCAAGGAGAAUGUGAAACAGCGGGCAGCAGCUCUGGAUGAAGCCAUGUCCAAGUCCACACAGUUAAAUGAGUUCCACGACAAAAUCGACCCGAUGCUGGAAACUUUGAAGAGGAUUGUCGAGCGUCUCAGAACUCCGCCUUCCAUCUCCGUUGAAGUGGAGAAGAUCAAGGAGCAGAUCAAUGAAAACAAGAACGUUCUGGUGGAUCUCGAGAAGCUCCAGCCCGUCUUUGAGACCUUGAAGCAGCGAGGCCAGGAGAUGAUCGCCCGAUCAGAGGGAGCCGACAAAGACGUAUCAGCCAAAGCUGUUCAGGAGAAGUUAGACCUCAUGGUAUUUAUCUGGGAGGAUAUUCAUGCCCUGCUUGAGGAAAGAGAAACAAAGCUCCUGGAUGUAAUGGACCUUGCAGAGAAGUUCUGGUGUGACCACAGUGGACUCAUUGCCACCAUCAAAGACACGCAGGACCUUCUUCGAGAGCUUGAAGAACCAGGAGUCGACCCCUCGGUUGUAAAGCAGCAGCAAGAGACAGCAGAGAGCUUUGGGGAAGAAAUCGAAGGACUUCAAGAAGAACUUGAUGCCAUUCAGAACCUGGGAGAUGAAUUGAUGUCAGCUUGUGGAGAACCAGACAAGCCUGUAAUUAAGAAGAGCAUUGAUGAGCUCAAUACAGCCUUUGAUAAUCUGAACAAGAACUGGAAAGAACGGAUGGAAAGGCUGGAGGAGGCCAUGCAGUCGGCCGUGCAGUUCCAAGAUGGAUUGCAGGGAAUGUUUGACUGGGUGGACAUUUUGGAAGGGAAAAUUGAUUCAAUGUCACCGGUUGGUACUGAUCUUGAGACCGUCAAGCAACAAAUUGUGGAACUUAAGGAAUUUAAGGCAGAAGCCUACCAGCUCCAGAUAGAAAUGGAGAAGCUCAAUCAUCAGGCAGAGCUCUUGCUGAAAAAGGUUGUGGAGGAGGAUGACAAACACGCCAUCCAGGACCCUUUUACUGAGCUCAAGCUGCUAUGGGACAACCUGGAUGAAAAAAUCGUCAAUCGACAGCACAAACUGGAGGAUGCUCUGCUCGCCCUGGGACAGUUUCAGCAUGCUCUGGACGAACUGCUGACAUGGAUGACGCACACCGAGGAGCUGCUGAAUGAACAGAAGAAAACAACGGGCGACCCGAAGGCCAUCGAAAUCGAACUUGCAAAACAUCACGUCCUCCAAAACGAUGUGCUGGCACACAAAACCACCGUGGAAGCGGUCAACAUCGCAGGAAACGAUCUCAUUGAGUCGAGCGCCGGGGAAGAAGCCAGCAACCUGCAGAAUAAGCUUGAAAGUUUAAAGCAGAGGUGGGAGAAGAUUCUGGAAAAAACAGAGCAGCGGAGACAGCAACUGGACAGCGCCCUACUGCAGGCUCAAGGUUUCCAUGGCGAAAUUGAAGAUAUGCAGCACUGGCUGAAGGAGACCGAGCGUCAGCUGCUGGCAUCAAAGGGAGUUGGAGGUUUACCAGAAACAGCCAGAGAGCAGCUUAAUGUCCAUCUGGAACUCUGCGGGGUGUUUGAGUUGAAGGAAGAGCUUUACAAAAAGCUGAUGGCGAAAGGGGAGCAACUGAUCGCGAUAUGCCCGGAGAGCCACGACAGCAACACCCAACAAGACCUGCUGAACCUGCGGGAGAAAUGGGAAUCCGUACAAGCGAAAAUGACGGAAAGAAAGGUGAAACUCGAGGAGGCCCUGACCUUGGCCACAGAAUUCCACAACUCCUUGCAGGACUUCAUCAACUGGCUGACUCAGGCGGAACAAACUCUUACCAUGGCCACGUCACCGAGUCUCAUCAUGGAUACCAUCCUCUUUCAGAUCGAUGAGCACAAGGUCUUUGUCACAGAAGUGAAUUCUCAUCGUGAUCAAAUAAUAGAGCUGGACAAAACUGGAACACAUCUGAAAUACUUCAGUCAGAAGCAAGAUGUCGUCCUCAUUAAGAAUCUCCUGAUUAGUGUGCAAAGUCGGUGGGAGAAAGUGGUCCAGCGGUCUGUGGAGAGGGGCCGCACCCUAGACGACGCGAGGAAGCGGGCUAAGCAGUUCAGUGAAGCCUGGAACAAACUGAUGGAGUGGCUGGAGGAAUCUGAAAAGGCUCUGGACUCUGAGCUGGAAAUUGCAAACGAUCCAGACAAGAUUAAAUUGCAGCUGGCACAGCACAAGGAGUUUCAGAAGGCCCUCGGAGCCAAGCAUUCCAUGUACGACACGACCCUCCGUUCGGGCCGAUCGUUAAAGGAAAAGACCUCCCUGAAUGACGACAACCAGAAACUGGAUGACAUGCUAAGCGAACUGAGAGACAAGUGGGACACGGUGUGUGGGAAAUCUGUGGAAAGGUGCGUGGAGCGAUUUGUGAUUCAGGCCGAGGUUAUUCAUAGUAAGAGCUGUAAAUGAGUAAACUGCUGUUAC